AUGUAUCGGGGCUCCUUCGCACCACCGCCCGCGCAGUCGCCGCCUCUUCAUCACCCCGUCCCGCAGCAUGUGUCGACUGUCCCAAUGAUGCGCUCACCACCCCCACCUUCUCAACAGACUCCAAAUGCCGGGUAUGGUGGCAAUCCAUACCAGCCCUCACCCGCACAAGGUGGAAGUGGAAACUAUGGCACCCCCGGCUUUGGUGGGUUUAUAAACGACCCCACAGCUCAGAUGGGAUUCCAGGUCGGUAAGACUGCGAUGAUGGCGGGUCAGGAAUAUAUGGAACAGAACUUCAAUCGUUAUGUCUCCAUACCCGCCCUGAAGCACUAUUUCAACGUUUCCAACUCCUACGUGCUCAGCAAAAUCGCCCUCGUCCUCUUUCCCUGGCGUCACAAGCCAUGGUCCCGCCAGCAGGCUCGCAUGCCAGCUACUGCAGGUCCAAAUGGGCAGAUCGUUCAGCAGCAAUACUCCUCUAUGUUCCUACCCCCGCGGGAUGACCUCAACUCGCCCGAUAUGUACAUCCCCGUCAUGGCGCUGGUCACAUAUAUCCUGUUGUCGGUGCUCCUAGCUGGAUUCAGAGGAAACUUCCACCCGGAGCUUCUGGGAUCAAUUACUACGACAGCCAUUGCAGUCAUCCUUUUCGAGAUUCUGUGCUUGAAAAUGGCCAUGUAUAUCCUGACCAUCAACAAUGAUUCGCAGCUACUGGACCUGGUGGCGUACUCGGGAUACAAGUUCGUGGGCAUUAUUAUGACCUUGGUUGCAUCGGAGAUUCUCACCCCAGGCCGAGGAACUGGUGGCUGGGUCGGCUGGACUGUCUUUAUUUACACCUUUUCUGCGAAUGCUUUCUUCUUGCUCCGCUCAUUGAAAUACGUCUUGCUUCCGGAAUCGACUGAUACCAACCUGCAAAAUGGUGCUAAGUACACUGUGGCUCGUUCCCAGCGCAACCGUCGCACGCAGUUCUUGUUCGUCUACUCGUACGUCAUCCAGUUUGUCUUCAUGUGGAUUCUCAGCCGUGAAGGCCCCUCGGCGCUGGCAUCUAAUGCCAGCUCUUGA